AUGGCGGCACACGGUCAAAGUUUCUCGAGACGAAGGUUGCAAGUUCAUGAAAUAUUAUCUGCUUUGGAGUGUGAGGAGUAUGAUAAUACUGUGGAAAAUAUCAUUUACGUUGAGCCCCCUAUUGAGCAUGCCGAUCAGGUUACUGACGAAGACAGUGACAAGUCCGAUGAGGAGCAUAGUGCGAACCUAAAUCACUUAGGACGAAGACUGCUGCAAGCUAGCUGCGAAUUGCAACGUUCUCGAGGUGAUAGCGAUAUUUCUACUCCAUCAACGUCUUCAGCACUCGGUUCAAAUAAGCAACGAACAUCAAAUGAUAACGUUUUAUCAAGAAGCGAUAGUGAAGACGAGCAGCCCCUUUCUAUUUUCAUGUCUCAUAACAAGCCUUCAAGGUCUGCACCGCCAACUAAAAAGAAAAAAUCUACAGGUUGGAAAAAAGAAGAACCCGCUUUUAUUUGCACUGAAUAUCGUCCACAGCCACCAUCAGAUGAAAGUAAAAAAUGUCAAAAUCCUCUGGAAUACUUCAAACUAUUUUUUCACAAUGAUCUCAUCAAACAUAUAGUCAAACAAACAAACCUGUACGCUUUGCAAAAAAACAAACCUUUGAUGGCAACAGAGGACGAAAUCUAUGUUAUUUUAGGAGCAAUGCUUUUGUCGGGUUAUGUCAAGUUGCCAAAGAAGCGAUUGUAUUUUUGCAAGGAUAAUGACGUGCCUACAAUUUUACAAGAUAGCAUUAGAUGCAACCGUUUUGAGUUGAUUCUUCAACAUGUACAUUUGAACGAUAAUAGCGAGCUCAAUGAAACAGAUAGAUUAUAUAAAUUACGACCUGUUCUGGAAAGCCUAGGUGAAACAUUUCAGAAACACUACGGGAUGGAUGAACACUAUAGCGUAGAUGAAAGCAUGAUCCCGUAUUACGGAAAACACUACGCUAAACAGUUCAUCCGUGGAAAGCCAAUUAGAGUUCUGAAAAAAAAAGAUUUUGGAGUAGGUGGCGACGUAGUUCUCAACCUAAUUACAUUGAGCAAACUUCCACCAAACAGUGGCAUAAAAUUGUUUUUUGACAAUUAUUUUACAUCUUUGAGCCUGAUGAGACACCUGAAGGAGCUUGGCUAUUAUGCUACAGGCACCUUGAGAGCUAAUCGCACUGAGAACUGCCCAGUCAAAGACGUAAAACAAUUCAAGAAGGAGGCGCGAGGUCAUUACGAUUACCGAGUAGCUGAUGAUGUUUUCGUAUGUCGGUGGAAUGAUAACAAUGUUGUCACAGUAGCCACUAAUUUUGAAAAAUCUGGCAAUUACAUCUGCCACACGCUGGUCCAAUGA